CUACUCGGCUCGCCUUUCUUUCUUCCCUCGCCUUCCUCUCCUCUUGCCUCACCCUCCCCCCUCCCUUCUUUUCACGUUGCUGGGGUUUUGGUUUUGUUGUUUUGUGCUUUAGAGGUUUUGUUCCUCAACCCGAGCUCAUGGGUGUACAUUAUCAUGCUCCUCUUUUGUAGAGCAACCAGACGGCCAUGGAGGCUGAAGAGACGAUGGAAUGCCUUCAGGAGUUCCCUGAACAUCAUAAAAUGAUCCUAGACCGAUUGAAUGAGCAGCGAGAGCAGGACCGGUUUACUGACAUCACCCUGAUUGUCGACGGUGGUCUGUUAAAGUUUUCUCAUUGCACACUUGAGUGCAAGAUGAUAGUGUUGAAGCAAGUAGCAGGGACUACAGGUGUCAGUAAAAUGGCCUUUCGUCAUUUAAUUGAGUUCACAUAUACAGCAAAAUUAAUGAUACAAGGAGAAGAAGAAGCCAAUGACGUAUGGAAAGCAGCAGAGUUUCUACAAAUGCUAGAAGCUAUCAAAGCACUUGAAGUCAGGAACAAAGAAAACUCAGCUCCAUUAGAGGAAAAUACCACAGGAAAAAGUGAGGCCAAAAAAAGGAAGAUUGCAGAAACAUCAAAUGUGAUAACUGAGUCGUUGCCAUCUGCAGAAUCAGAACCUGUUGAAAUUGAGGUAGAGAUUGCUGAAGGCACAAUUGAAGUGGAAGAUGAAGGCAUGGAAACGUUAGAGGAAGUGGCUUCUGCCAAGCAGUCUAUAAAGUACAUACAGAGUACAGCUUCCUCUGAUGAUUCAGCUUUGGCACUGUUGGCAGAUAUUACCAGCAAGUACCGUCAAGGUGAUAGAAAAGGGCAGAUGAAAGAUGAAGAUGGCUGUGCAUCUGACCCCACAAGCAAACAGGAACACAUGAAAUCACACUCCACUGAGAGUUUCAAGUGUGAAAUAUGCAAUAAAAGGUAUCUUCGGGAGAGCGCAUGGAAACAGCACCUAAAUUGUUACCACCUUGAAGAAGGUGGAGUCAGUAAGAAGCAAAGAACUGGGAAAAAAAUUCACAUAUGUCAGUACUGUGAGAAACAGUUUGACCAUUUUGGACAUUUUAAAGAGCAUCUUCGAAAACAUACAGGUGAGAAACCUUUCGAAUGUCCAAAUUGUCAUGAACGAUUUGCUAGAAAUAGCACCCUUAAAUGUCACCUCACUGCAUGCCAAACUGGAGUAGGGGCAAAAAAGGGAAGAAAGAAGCUUUAUGAAUGCCAGAUACACACUGGCGAUAAACCCAACCAUUGUACUUUAUGUGAUUUGUGGUUCAUGCAAGGAAAUGAACUGAGGAGGCAUCUCAGUGAUACUCACAAUAUUUCAGAGCGUCUAGUAACUGAAGAAGUUCUUUCGGUAGAAACACGUGUGCAAACUGAACCUGUGACAUCAAUGACUAUUAUAGAACAAGUUGGGAAGGUGCAUGUGUUACCAUUACUUCAGGUCCAGGUAGAUUCAGCACAAGUAACUGUGGAACAAGUCCAUCCGGAUCUGCUCCAGGACAGCCAAGUGCAUGAUUCACAUAUAAGUGAGCUUCCAGAGCAAGUCCAAGUGAGUUACUUAGAAGUGGGUCGAAUUCAGACUGAAGAAGGUACUGAAGUACAUGUGGAGGAGCUGCAUGUGGAACGGGUAAAUCAAAUGCCGGUGGAAGUACAAACUGAGCUUCUAGACACAGACUUGGAUCACAUGACCCCAGAAAUCAUGAACCAAGAGGAGAAAGAGCCUAGCCAAGCAGAGGCUAUUGAGGCUGCCAGGGAAGAUCAGGAAAAAGCUGAGGAUUUAGAGACCAGGCCAACAGUGGAUUCCCAAGCUGAAAAAACAGGGGAAGAGGACAGAACAGCUAUGCCAGUUUUAGAACGAAAUAACGAAUAUAUUUUUAAAUUUACAUGUUGGGCUUUUGAACUGUUUAAGGUCAGUGUGACUGUCCUUAAAGCUAACAGACAAGUGGACCAAAGUUAAACCUUAUUUCCUGUUGUGCUGAUCUGUUUAUCAAAACAAACUGAUUCUCCUCCCCUCACUUAAUGCCACAGAGGAGGGAUUUUUCCCAUAAAUGAAGGGGAACUUUGAGGAGUAUAUUUUGGGAAACUUACGUGGAUUAUAUUCUUAUUACAUAGUUGGGUACGAAUUUAUCUAUUUUCAUUGUGGUAAAUGUUCUCUUUUUUUUCUUUCCCAGGUCAUGUCCUUCCUCAAAUUUUUUCCAUAUUGUAAACUCAAACAUAAAAUCAUUAGAAUACAAACUGUAUUCUAAUGCAUGUUAGAAAAUUGAAUAUAUAGGAAACACAAGGCUGCAUGAAGAAAAGUGCAUUGUUACUGUGCAGUUGAAUUUUGGCUUCUGGCUUUCUUUAGUUUGAACAGAUAUUUUUGUUUAUCCCAAUAGUCACAGAUGGCCAUCUCUUCAAUAGAGUGGUGGUGGCAAAAUUUCUAGAAUGUAAAAAAAAAAAAAAAAAUUCCACACCCAUGUGCCUUUUAAAAACCAACUAAACUUCUAUAAAGCAUCUCUGGUCUUUCAAAGUUUGUGUUGUAAGCAGCAAUGUAGAUGAUCUUAUUUAUUUUUGCUUAUAAUGACAACGACCAAUUCUUGUUCACUUAAGUUGGGUUGAAAAAGUUCAUUUAAUGACAGCUGAAGGGCCAUUUUCAAUUGGGAAAAUUCAUAUACAUCUGUGGUAAACUUUUAUUUUGAUGAAAAGUUGCACUAGUAUUUUACCACCAGAUGAAAAAAAGAUAUGCGUAACAUUUAAAAAUUAAUGUAUUUAAAAUAAAGUACAGAAAAAAACAUGUAUAUAAUUAUCAGGCUUUGUUUUGAAUGACUCCCCCAUCCUUAAUGUAAAGAUCUUGUGCUAUAACUUUUAAAGCCAUACAAAUAAGAGUGCUAAACUGUGGACUUAAAAGUAGGUGUGUAAAUAUUUUUAAUCAGUAUUAUUUGGAAAAUAAAAUAUAACAACCACAUAAAUAAACCAAUAUGCUAUUUUCUUUACCUGUUAAAGAUUGGGAGAUAUUUACCUUUUUAAAGUAAACUUUAAAAUUAUGUG